AUGGAGCGCUUCUGGAGCGUAGAGGAAGGAUUCGGGCAGCCUGGCUUGCCGAAGAAGGAGGCUCUGUGCGAAGAGGAGUUUCGAAAUACGCAUAGACGAACGUCGGAGAGACGUUUCGUGGUGGAUCUUUCCUUUAAGGAGAGCUCUAAUCAGUUAGGAGAAUCGAAGAGAGCAGCGCUGACAAAGCUGCAAUCAGUAUGGCGGAGACUGAAUCGGGACGCUAGCUUGAGAGCGCAGUAUAAGGAAUGUUUAAAUGACUAUCUGAAGUUGGGGCACAUGUUGAGAAUCGAUGAACUCAAGGAGACGGAGAGCGGGUUGGUGCAUUACUUACCACAUCACGCGGUUGUGAAGGAGGAUAGUACAUUAACCAAAUUGAGAGUCGUGUUUGACGCGUCUUGGAGGACAUCGUCCGACAAGUCGUUGAACAACAUAUUGAGGAUCGGUCCGGCUCUGCAGCGAGAAUUAUUUGAGAUUGUAUUGCGUUUCCGGCAGCAUCAGUACGUAUUGACGGGAGACGUACAACAAAUAUAUUGGUAA